UUUUCGAAUAGAUAAGGCACAUAUAUUCUGAAUCAGCUCAACGAGCUCUAUCCAACCAUGUAUAACUAAUUCAUCGAGAAAAAAGUUGUGCUCCUCCUUUCAACUACGGGCACCUUACAUUAUAUUUUGUUGAGAAAUAAAAAUGUGAGAUUUAUGCUGGAAAACUUGAUGAUCAAAAAUAUCUUUUUUUAGUGAUAAAAAACAAAAAUGAUACUCUACAAAAUUAAAUUGAAAAUUUCAUGUCUCUUUUUCGAGUUGAAAAAGGAAGAAAACGUUUCGCUCCGCUAAGAUCCUGCCUCGCCAGUUUUUUAGAUCAGCCACUAGCUCCAUCUCCGAACAAGACAAAUUUCCUUCGAUUAGAGUUUUUCCUCUUGUUUUCUUCUACUCCGGUGCAUCUCUGAUAAGAUUGUACAAGAAUUAUUUGAAUAAAUAAAAUGAUUAUUUCUAGCAUAUAUUUCCACCCAAACGUACAUUCUUAUUAUUUGGCUGUAUUUAUGAUGUUUCAAUGAUUGACAAAAGUUUUGGAAAUACAACGAUUUGUUUUGAAUUGUCUAUUGGUAGUAGUGGUUAUUUAAAUCCACAACAAUUAAAUGCUUCACGUAAUGUAAUUGAAACUUUACAAUCAUUAACAAGACCCUAUGCUCGUACACCAUUAGAUAAUAAUAUUCAUCAUUAUCGUUUACCAAUUGAUUUACAAAAACCGAUUAUGUGUACUCGAUAUGAAUUUCAUGAUUAUGCUUAUAGAAUGACAAUUUCAAAUAGAUUUAAAAAUGCAGCUGAAAUUAUGAAUAAAGGUAUUCGUGAAUUUGAAUUAAAAUUAGAAUCAAAUUCAUCCAUUGAAGAAUUAGAAACAGAAUAUCGUAAAUUAGUCCAAUAUUUAACAUUAUUACCAUGUAAUUGUAAGACAAAAUCGGAUAAAUCAAAAAAUGAUGGUAGUGAAGAUCAAACUCGACAAUCUAGUAGCACUAUGGGAUCAAUGAGAUCAGCUAGUUCUGUAACUACGACUCAUACAGUAAUAGCAGAGACGGAACAAAAACGUUCGGUUCAUCCGACUCUUUAUGAAGUGUUAAAUUUUGUUCCACCAACAAUAAAAUUGAAUAAAUUAGAUAAACAACGAGGAAAAAAAUUACUACAUAAUCUUGAAAGUUUAAAAAGUUGGAUUGUUAAUGAUGUUCAUUUUGAUUUAACAAAUAAGAAACAAGAAAUGGUUAAAGAAUUAAGAAAAAUAGCCAAAGCAUUAGAACAAUUGGCAAUUAACGUAUGCAUUUUUAAUUCGUAUUUUCUUAUAUCUGUACAAUCUUAAGAGAAAAUCUUGUCAAUUGAUUCACUUCAAUUUUACUCAAGCUUACUCUUUUAAAGGCCCCCCCCCCCCCUCAGAAAUUAUCUCGGACACCGUGCAUCCGAUCUUGACGAAACUUUCCAUAAAUGUUCGGCACAAUU